CUAUAACUAAAAUUUUAAAAUCAUGCGUUUCUUUAAAUAUCAAUAUUCGUGCCAUAUCGCAUGACACGACACGUGCACAGCUCUAGCAAAAAGUAAAGCACAGAGCUGCGUAGAAUUGCGUUGGCGGCAGCCAAAAAUAGCAGCCAGGAAAAAAGUCAUUGUGCCGUGGAAUAUUAGAAGAGGGAAAUACGACUACACAUUUUGUGGGCAUUAUAUGCUAAUGCGAUAUUUGCUGACUUCAUUGUGGAACGUUCAGCUUCUGGUUAACUGGUAACUGGAGCGUGGUGCAGCAGUGGCUGCGACUGCGGCUCCUUGUAUGGCACCGGGCCAUGGUAAUUGGGAGGCCGAGCCAAGAGGCGGCACAAUUGGCAAGUCGAGUCGCAGACCAGCAGCCAGGCACAGGCACAGGCCAAGCCAUUAGAAAUGCUGUUGCGGCUGAUUUAUGGCUGGAAUGGGGCCAUAGCUUAGUGUUGGGUGUGGGUGGGUCUGGCUGGAGACAGGAACCAGCAUAACUUCAAACAGCAGCAGCAGCAAAAAAAAGACUAUGAAAUUUGCUUAAGAUCUUGGCCAUGUUUUGACUGGCUGCCUUGACUGAACCACUUAGUCGCUCGGUUACGCCCAAAUGGGUCACUAAUGAGGCGUCGAGCUUGGGAAAAUCUUGAUGGCUCGAUUGUCUGUGCCAAUUCUAACGUAAAGAAGCGGCGGUGGUGCUUUGGCUAUAAAAUUGUGGCGCUUCUUCAGCUGGAGCCACAGUUCGACAAACAGCGCUCUUCAGUGUUCACCAAAAUAAACAGAAAAGUAUCUUCAAGAUGUUCAAAAUUCUAUUCGUGUUGUGCGCGGCUUGGUUGGCUCUCAGCCAGGCACGUCCCAGCUACCUGCCCAGCUAUGAGACAAUUGAGUAUGCGCCCACGGUGCUGGGCUACGAGCAUCUGGCGCUGCCCGCCGCCGUCUCCCAUCAGAGCUCGACGGUGGUGCACGAGAAGCGUCCCUAUUUGCGUCCCAUCUACGAGCAUCCACUCAAGACGUACCACCAUCCGACCACAUACACCUAUGCCAGCAGCCCGCUGAGCUACGGCAGCGACUGGUACGAGCCCGGCUGGAAUACGGCUGCGCUCAGCUAUCCCAGCAUCUACCUCAAGUGAAGCAUCUACCUCUGCGAUAUGUU